GUUGGAUUAUGGCAGUAUUUUAUAUGGAUCUGCAGCUAAAUCUGUACUCUCUGACCUGGAUGUUAUUCAGGCCCGUGCACUGAGGAUUUGUUUGGGGUCGAUGAAAACUGCUCCAGUUUGUGCUUUGCAAGUUGAGGCAGGUGAAAUGCCGUUGUGGCUCCGUAGGAAACAGCGUAUGGCCAAUUAUUGGAUAAAUUUAAAAGGCCAUGAUGUCUGGCAUCCUACAAAGAGGGUAUUGGAGAAUUGCUGGGAGAGGGGUAAAGAGAGAAAGGCAAGUUUUGGAUGGAUAGGUGAGGAAAUAGCAGAGCAGAUGAAAGUCCAGGAAAUUGAAUUUUGCUCAACUGUUCUGUGGCCUGUGAUGCCAGCCUGGAUGCUGAAUAUUGCUUGUGUAGACCUGGAGUUGUUGAAUAUUAAGCGCAAGAAUAAGAUAGUUGACCUAGUUCAAGAAUAUUACGAUUAUAGAGAUAGAAAUUAUGGUGGGUAUGUACAGGUUUUUACUGAUGGAUCGAAAGAUUUACUGACCGGGGCAACGGGGGGCUGCAGUGGUGAUUCCCAGUUAUCAGACUGGAGUCAGUAGGAGAACCUCAGACUAUUUAAGUGUGUAUGCUGUUGAAUUGUUAGGUAUUUUGUUAGCUGUACAAUGGGUGGAAGAGGUGAUGAUGCGCAAUGUACUCAUUUGUAGUGACUCAGUGUCAGCGCUGUCGAGUCUCAAGUCAGGAUCAGCCAGGAAUCACCAAGAAAUUGUUUGAAAUUUUGUUUACAAAUUCAAGGUUUGUUGAUCAGGGUGUGAAUGUGGUGUUCAUGUGGGUUCCUGCUCAUGCAGGAAUACCAGGUAAUGAGCGAGUGGAUAAAUUGGCAAAGGAGGCGGUUAAGAAGGGUGCUGUGGAACUGAAUACUAAACUAUCAAAGUCAGAUGUGAAAAGCAUUGUGUGGGAAGAAAUUUCCAGACAGUGGCAACAGUAUUGGGAUGAUGGAAAUAAGGGGAGGAAAUUGCAUAUGAUUCAGGCUAAGGUAGGCCAAGGAGGGAUGAGUUACAGUGGGUUUAACCGACAAGAACAAGUAAUUGUCAGUAGGCUGAGAAUAGGUCACAGUAGAUUAAAUGGUACACUUUUUAUAUUGGGGAAACAUCCGACUGGCCUGUGCAAUGUAUGUGAGGUAAUGGAGACAGUGGAGCAUGUAUUGAUGUCAUGCAGGAAAUAUGUCCGAGAAAGAGGGGUUGUGUUUGCUGGACUACGGAAAUUAGGUUUAGGUGAACUCAGGAUUACAGAUGUCCUUGAAAGUGGUGUUAUUAUGAAUGGACGGAAAUAUCUAUUUGCGUUUUUGAAAGGUAUUGGUGUUUUUAGGAAAUUGUAGUGUAUUGGUCUGAAUAAAUAAGAUAUUGAGAAAUUGUCAAUAGGAGGCAGUAAUGCAACGACUUGGAUGCCAACUGCCGUUAAACUCUGAAGAAGAAGAAGAAGAAGUGGACCACCACAGUCCCCAUACUUCCGUAUUUCUUUUAUGCAUGCGUGUGGCGGUUGCAUUUAGCUAAUCAGACAGCAUCAUUUUAAAACAUGUCCGAGAAAGGAGAAGUGGAUUUAACUGGUGCCAAGCAGAACACGGGUGUGUGGCUUGUAAAGGUGCCCAAAUACCUCUCUCAGCAAUGGGCAAAAGCGGCUGGCAGAGGCGAGGUCGGGAAACUCCGAAUCUGCAAGAAGGGAACCCAAGGAAAAGCAGAGGUGUCUUUCACUUUGAACGAAGAGCUGACUGUGAUUGAGGGUAUAGAAGACAAGACGGUGUCUGCGCCUCGCGAGCACCCGUUCACCAUGCAGACAGUGGGAGGUCAGACGUUGGCGGUCUUCACAGAAACUUCAUCAGGCCAGUUAGAAGAAAGAUCUGAUGGCAGCAGCUCAGUUUCGGGGGCGGGGGCAGGUCCAGAUAAAAUAGCCUUGGACGGAGUGGUAGUGCAGAGAGCAGAGUGCAGACCCGCUGUUAGCGAAGGCUAUAUGAGGCUGAAAAGGUUACAAAUGGAAGAGUUGGCCAAGCCAGUCAGGCUGUCCCAACAGUUGGACAAAGCUGUCACCAACAACUACAAACCUGUGGCCAACCAUACUUACAAUCUCGAGUAUGAGCGGAAAAAGAAGGAGGAGGGCAAGAGAGCAAGAGCUGACAAACAGCAGGUGUUGGACAUGUUGUUCUCUGCUUUUGAGAAGCACCAGUACUACAACAUCAAAGAUCUGGUGGAUAUCACCAAACAGCCUGUGAUUUACUUGAAGGAAAUCUUGCGUGAUAUUGGCAUCUACAAUGUGAAGGGAACACACAAGAAUACCUGGGAGCUCAAACCAGAAUACCGACAUUACCAAGGGGAUGACAAGAUUGACGAAUAGUUUCUGGCCCUCCCAAAGCCGAUACCUUUUUAAUUUGAU